AUGAGCAGAGCCAGCGCGUGGCCCUCGCAUACUGUCGCGCGCGCCCACUGCGGCGCGGGCGGGCGGGCAGUGCGCGAAAGCACGCGCGCGCGCGGCUUGCGCAUGCGCCGUCGCCAUCGAUCUCAGCGCCGCCGCCGCCGCCGCCGCCGCAGGAGUCGAUACGCCGCCCGCCCGGCCGCGCGCUCGCCCGCUCGCCCGCCGGCUGGUUCAGUCAGUCGCCUUCCGACACGCGCUCGCUCCGCACCCGUGCCCGCCGCCGCGCUCGCCGCCCAGCGCUCUGUGAUCGCCCGCCCGCCGGCCCGACGCCGCUCGCAUCGCCCUCCGCCCGCGCGCAGCCCUCCGCCCCCGCAGCGAUGCCCGCACGGCAGCAAUGUAUUUGAAGUGUUUGCGCAGAGGUUACGACCUCGUGACCUGUCUCCUCUGCAUGCCAGCCUGUCCGGGGGUUUUCCGUCCGUUCGUGGCAGCGCGCGCGGCCGCCGGGCUUUGAUCUCGGUGCAGGCGGUGGGCGCGGGCGGACACGCGGACUUGGGCUGCACCACGCCCGACGCGUGGCGCGGGCAGCCAAAACUUCUAGUAGACGCCUUUCUAUUGAUUGACCUGUCUGAAAACAACACAUCCGCCACUAGUGAAGAUUGCCCACGGAAGGUUGAAGGAAAAGAAUACUGGACUGAUAAAGAUAAGAAUAGAUUAGAGAUAGAUAAGCAGAUAAAAGAUAAAGAUGAUGUUGACAUAACAAAGAAUUUCAACGAUGUAUUGAAUGUCAACUUAGUAAGUCUUAACGGGAAUGUUCUUGGUUCGAGUCCCGAGCGUGGUUGGUGGACUCCAGCAAAAAAGUUGGGUCGAAGCCAGGGACCUAACUAG